AUGAACAGAAGUGAAACCAACACAACCACAGAUGUCAAUCUGAACCUAGACAACCAGAGUCUUCGAACCGUGGACCAGCUCUCCACGGCACGUGCCAGCGUGACCAUGCUGGACAAGCUCUGGACACAAAUUGACGUUUUGGACGAUGUCAAGAAGAUGGCCCAGGAGGUUCAGGAACGAGGGUCCUUCUUGAGUGAGGAGUUCAGCGAGAAGCUUAUCCAGAUGAAGGAGGCCCAGCAGCGGCUCCUAGAUGUGAUGGGCCGGCAUCACGAACUCAGCGAAAAGAGCCGGCAAGAAAUGAAAGAACAGCUCGAGCAAACCCCCAUAGAGCGGAUGGAGGAAGAAGCUAUUCGCAAGGAUAAUGAGGCAAAACAGAAGAAAAUGCAUGAUUUUUUCUUUGGCAAUGAGAGGGAAAACACCAACGAGGAGACGAAAGAUUUUGACGAGCUUAAUGAUUAUGUCGAUGAUGUCAGGCAGAACUUGGCUGCGGUAGCGAAAAGCAUGGCCAAGUUCGAUGACACCACCAAGGACUUAUGGUGA